AUGUCACCAAACAUCUCAUCAGUCAAAGAGCUGAUUCAAGGAGCUGAUGUGAAUAGACAGGAAAAAGAUGGUAGUACUGUAUUACACAUUGCAGCUCAGAAUGGUCAUCUUGAUGUCACCAAACAUCUCAUUAGUCAAGGAGCUGAUGUGAAUAAAGGGAAUUAUAAUGGUAGUACUGCAUUAUACAUUGCAGCUCAGAAUGGUCAUCUUGAUAAAGAUGGUUGGACUGCAUUACACAUUGCAUCUCAGAAUGGUCAUCUUGAUGUCACCAAACAUCUCAUCAGUCACGGAGCUGAUGUGAAUAAAGGGAAUUAUAAUGGUAGUACUGCAUUAUACAUUGCAGCUCAGAAUGGUCAUCUUGAUGUCAUCAAACAUCUCAUCAGUCAAGGAGCUGAAGUGAAUAGAGAGGAAAAAGUUGGUUGGACUGCAUUAUACGUGGCAGCUGAUAAUGGCCAUCUUGAUGUCAUUAAACAUCUCAUCAGUCAAGGAGCUGAUGUGAAUAGACAGGAGAAAGAUGGAGCUGAUGUGAACAAAGGGAAUGAUAAUGGUAUCACUGCAUUACACAAAGCAGCUCAGAAUGGUCAUCUUGAUGUCACUAAACAUCUUAUCAGUCAAAAAGCUGAUGUAAACAGAGAGGAUAAUACUGGUAGGACUGCACUACACUUUCCAGCAGAAAAUGGUAAUCUUGAUAUCACUAAACAUCUCAUCAGCCUGGGAGCUGAAGUGAAUAGAGGGGAUAGGACAAGUUGUACUCCACUUCACAUUGCAGCUUACAAUGGCCAUUUCGAUGUCAUCAAACAUGUCAUCAGUCAAGGAGGUGAAGUGAAUAGAGGGAACAAUACCGGUUGGACUGCAUUACAUUAUGCAGCUAGGAAGGGGCAUGUUGAAGUCGCCACAUAUCUCAUCACCAAAGGAGCUGAUAUGAGCAAAAGGGAGGUUACAGGUCAGACUGCAUUACAUUUUGCAGCAGAGAAUGGACAUAUUGAUUUCACAUCAUACCUUAUUAGUAAAGGGGUUGAGGUAAAUGAAGAGGGGAAGCGUGGUAGAACUGCAUUACACCUUACGGUGCAGAAUGGGCAUUUAGGUGUCAUGAAAUACCUCAUCAAUCAAGGAGCUGAUGUGAAUAAAGGGGAUACUACAGCUUGGACUGCUUUACACAUUGCUGUUGAGAAAGGCCAUCUUGGUGUCACUAAAUAUCUCAUCAGUCAUGGUACAGAUGUGAAUAAAGGUGAUAGAACUGAUUGGAGUGCAUUACACAGUGCAGUCAACAGUGGUCAUAUUCAUGCCAUCAAAUACCUCGUUAGUCAAGGAGCUAGUUUGAAUAAAGUGGAUAAUACUGGCUGGACUGCAUUGCACAUCGCUGCUGUGAAUGGCUGCCAUGAUAUCACCAAAUAUCUCAUUAGUGAAGGUGCUGAAGUUAAUAUUCAACAUGACACUGGACGAACUGCAUUACAUUUUGGGUGUGAGAAUGGUUAUCUAGAUAUAACUAAAUAUCUCAUCAGUCAAGGAGCUAAAGUGAAUAGAGGAGAUAAGACUGGUUUGACUUCUUUACAUCUUGCAGCUGCGAAUGGACACCUUGGUGUUACCAUGCAUCUUGUUAACCAAAGAGCUGAGGUGAAUAUAGAAGAUAAUGAUGGUCACACUUCACUGCUGUUUGCUGUCCAGAAUAGCCAUGUUGAAGUCAUUGAAUACCUGAUAGGCAAAGGAGCUAAAGCCGACAGGGGAAUCGCUGAUGAUUGUGCAAAAUUACUCUCUACUGUGCAGGAUGGUCGCCCAAAUAUCGUUCCCGUUUCCUUGGCACCAGGAGCACGUCCUGAACUAGACGGCAUCCACGGAACGACCCCCCUAGGACUGUCUUUGCGGUUUGGAUAUGAACAAAUCGCUGGGAUUCUAGCCACGUGUUCCCCAUCCGAGAUUUCUGAUGAAUUUUACGGCGGAGAAUUUGCUCCUGAGAAAGCCCUAGUGUUCUAUCUCCUUGACAACGGAGCCAAGAUAGAUGUGGAAGAUAAGUCAGGUAAACUCCCAAUCCAUUAUGCCAAGGAUGAAGUGGUCAGACAGAUGAUAUUGUCAAGUGCUAAGACUAUGCAACCAAAAAACCAUUAUACUCCCACUGACCGAGGGGUACCCCUCCCAGAAGAAGGACCCCCACUCUAUCAAGAACCUCCAUGA